GAUUUUUUUAAAUUUAUUUUUUUACUUGACAUUUCAGCAUCUGAAGAUUUUCAUUACAUCCGAAGGCUGGAGGGUGAAUCGGUGGCCAUAGAUUGUGUUGCAGAAGCCAGUGAACCCCGGCCAUCGCUUCUGCACCCGAGACGAAGGUUUGCUCAUUCAGAAAGUGUGCUGAACAUCUAUGAAGAUGAAGUCGUGAGAGCAGAUCCAGAGACCGAGGGACGAAUCAAUAUCUCCGGACAGCUGAAUUUACGCACAGUUACUCUGACUCUUUCUCAUUUAAGAGCCACAGACACGGGGCUUUAUGUCUGCGAUUUCUCAGGAGAUCCAUCAAAUCCGCUCUCGGCGAACACCACUCUCUUUUUGCUGGUAAAAGCGGCAGGUGAGUCGUGCUCCUGUAGGAGGUAUUCUCUGCUCAUCUAUACCAUCACAGUAGGAGUGAGUCUGCUCCUACUCUCCGCCAUCGCUCUAUUUGUGACACAUUAUAAAAAGCCAUAUGCUGAGCCAGAGCGUCAAAUCACAGCUCCAAUUUAUGAAGACAUGUCAAGUGUGAAAGGAAAAGGAAGCAGUGCAAACAGUCAUUGGAUUAGUCCACCAGCCCCAGAAACAUCUGCUAUGCUGGAGAACCUCUACAGAUCCCCCAAACAGACAAAUGUGGAACAGCAUCAGGAAAAAGAAUCAUAAAAAUCAGCUUAGUUGUGAAAUAUGUUAUUGAAAUAUAUCCAUUUCCAGGAACAUGCUAAAAUCUAUAACAUACACAAAUAUAUAUAUAUAUAUAUAUAAUGAACCGUGUUCAGUACA